CUAUAAUUGGGCGAUAUUUUAUCAAGAGAAUAACUAAGCGCAGGAACGAGAUUAUUUCUUUUAAUCUUUUUGUGUAAAUCCGGCAUUUUUCAUCGAACACGUUGUCGUUGCAAUGGGUAAGCCAAGAGGUUUGAGAACAGCUCGUAAACAUCGUGAUCAUCGACGUGAACAAAGGUGGCAUGAUAAAGAUUUUAAGAAAGCUCACUUGGGUACUCGAUGGAAGGCUAAUCCUUUUGGUGGAGCUUCACAUGCAAAGGGAAUAGUUUUAGAAAAAGUUGGUGUUGAAGCAAAACAGCCAAAUUCUGCUAUUCGAAAGUGUGUUAGAGUGCAGUUGAUAAAAAACGGUAAAAAGAUCACAGCAUUUGUACCUCGUGAUGGAUGCUUAAAUUUUAUUGAAGAAAACGAUGAAGUUUUAGUAGCAGGAUUUGGAAGAAAAGGUCAUGCAGUAGGUGAUAUUCCAGGUGUACGUUUUAAAGUUGUAAAGGUUGCUAAUGUGUCACUCUUAGCUUUGUACAAAGAAAAGAAAGAACGGCCACGUUCUUAAAAUUGAUGUAAUCUUGAAUGACUAAUAAAACACAAUGAAAAGUUGAA